AUGGACACUGGAUCUACGGUGAGCCUGAUACAUCGGGAUCUAAAGGAGGAAUUACAAGUGAAAGGAUCCCCCCGACCUUUUUCGUUAGCGUGGACUAACGGCACGAUGCAGGAUGAGCCUGAUAGCCUAACCGUCUCCAUUUUUUUUUUUAAUCUGGCUGGCAAAUUUAUACCUGAAGAAAGAGCAAAGCAGAUAAUGAAGCGAACUCUUAGGAAAAGGGAAAAGGGUUAUGAGAUAGGGCUACUAUGGAAGACGGAAGACAUAAAUCUACCCGAAAGCUAUGGCCAAGCCUCGAGGCGACUUCAAAGUUUAGAAAGAAAGUUGGCACAAGAUGAAAUAUUAAAAAAAUGGUACCACGAGGAGAUAGCCGCAUACUGCAAGAAGGGAUAUGCGCGUGCUCUCGAUACGUGUGAACUAAUAAGAAAGGAGAAUAAUCCCAAGGUUAAUUAUAUUCCGCACUUUGCUGUAGUGAAUUAUAACAAACCUAUACCUAAACCGAGAAUAGUAUUUGAUGCGGCUGCCAAAAACAGGGAUCUGGAGAAGCCUAUACCCACGGCAACUGUGCGUCUACCCAAGCUGGAUUUACCAACAUUUGAUGGUAACUCGACGGAGUGGAUCAGUUUUAAGGAUCGAUUUGUGUCCAUGAUCCAUGAAGCGGAAGGUAUGAAGGAUGUGAUCAAACUGCAGUACCUCUUAUCAGUGCUAAAGGGUGAAGUGGCGAAAAGGUUCCAGCAUGUGAAGCUUACAACCGAUAACUAUAAUAUUACGUGGAAGGCGUUGCUAGAUCGGUAUGAUCACAAAAGAGAUUUGAAGCGUGAAUAUUUUCGGGCGCUGUUUUCUAUUCCGCCGAUGAAAAACGAAAUGGUAGAAGAGCUACGAUGA